AUGAGUACGUCGAGACCUGAUCCGGAGGAGGUAGAGGAGAAUCACUUUGCCGAUCUGUACGUGGAUGCCGUGGGGGACGAAGACGAGGAAGAUGAUCCUGACUACGACGACGAGGACGAACUGGAACACGACUUGGAGGAGGACGAGUUUCAUGACGCCGAGGAGGGACACAUCGAGUUCGUCGUGCAGAUGGAUGACGAGGAAGAGGAAGAGGAAGAGGACGAUGAUGAUGACGAGGGCGAAGAAGAAGGUGGGAUCACAGACGCAGAGCGACUCUCUGUACAACAACGGGUGAUCAAUCUGAUAACAACUGGACGGACCGGCCUAUUAUCGCAACGUCAGCUCCUAGACUACCUCCGACGACAGCAUCUCGGCCACGUACUCUUUGACGAAGACGCAGACGACGGCGGCGGCGGCGGCGGCCUGGGCUUUGGGCAUCGACCACGGAGACGGCGUGCCUUGGACCCGGAGCGGUUUCCAAAGGUUCCCAGCGAUGAGGGAAGGGAUCUGAUGAACUCGGGUACAUUCGGAACGAACGAUAUUCAAUCACCCAUACGAACGAAGAAACAGUUGUCUCGACGAAUAGUAGACCGCGAGUUGGGCAUAGGCGGCAGAACACAUCGGAGAGUUGACCAAGGCGUAAUGGCGCAGUCCAUGAUACCAAGCACUGAUGCGGAUAUGACCAUCAACUACGACGACAAUGUUUACUCGGGCCAAUUCUCCGACGACGGAAACUUCUUCUAUUCCUGCGUCAAGGACUUCAAAGUGCGCAUGUACGACACAUCAAAUCCAUACAACUGGCGGCACUACAAGACAGUGUCUUUCCCCUUUGGAUCGUGGACCUUGACGGAUGCGUCUCUGAGUCCAGACAAUAAGUGGCUGGCCUACACCUCCAUUCAGAGCAAUGUCUGCUUGGCACCGACUGAUCCGAACGAUACUGGUGAUCCUUACACCCUUAGCUUAUCAGAACAUGGUGCCCAAAGACAGGCGGGCUGGCGAAGGUCGUUUGGCAUCUGGUCCAUCCGCUUCUCUGGAGAUGGGCGAGAGCUAGUCGCUGGAACCAACGCCAACUCUAUCAUCGUGUACGACAUCGAAUCGCGAAGAGUACUCCACCAGAUCGAGGGACACGAGGACGACGUGAACGCAGUCUGCUUCGCCGACAAGUCCUCCCCGCACAUCCUCUACUCCGGUAGUGACGACGCGACGAUCAAGGUGUGGGAUCGUCGAAGCAUGGGCGACGGCCGUGAAGCCGGCGCAUUUGUCGGUCACAUCGAAGGUCUUACGUAUUUGGACAGCAAGGACGACGGCAGGUACCUCCUUAGCAACGGCAAGGACCAGAGUAUGAAGCUCUGGGAUCUCAAGAUGAUGUACACCACGGCACAGUUCCAAGAGAUGAACCCCAGACAGCACACCCGCUAUAGCGAGUUCGACUACCGCUGGGGGAAGUUCGACGACGCCGACUGGUUCCCGCACCCCAACGACAACUCGGUCGUGACCUUCCGCGGACACAAGGUGCUGCGCACAUUGAUCCGUUGCCAUUUUUCACCGCCGAGCAGCACGAAUUCUCGGUAUGUCUACUCUGGCUCCCACGAUGGCAAGGUCUACGUCUACAACAUGGAUGCCACCAUUGCCGGCAUUAUCGACGUCAGGAAGACCACGUCGCACGGGAGGCAGUUGCCAUCGUACCUCGGAGGGCAUGGGGAUCCCGGCUGGACGACCAUCGUCAGAGAUGCGAGCUGGCAUCCAAACGCACCAUUUAUAGCAGCAUCCUCUUUGAAUGGCUGGGACCAUUCGUCGGGUACUGUCACGCUACAUUCAUACAAUGAAUCUUCUGUCGACGAAGGAGAACCGAGGAUGGGGACGGGCUACGACGAGAAGCUACGGCCGGUGAGUUUGUAUACCAGUGGUGAUGAGGAGGAUGAUGAUGACGAGGAGUCGGAUGGGGAUUACGAGGAUCCCUUCGCCGUUACUUUCACUACCUAG